GCGACCCAGAGGCUUCGCGUCGGCCCUGGCUUCUCUCCCCGCCUCCGCGGGCCCCCGCCUCCUGCAGAAUGACGCUGGACGUGGGACCGGAGGAUGAGCUGCCCGACUGGGCCGCGGCCAAAGAGUUUUACCAGAAGUACGACCCUAAGGAUGUCAUUGGCAGAGGAGUGAGCUCUGUGGUCCGCCGAUGUGUUCACCGAGCUACUGGCCAUGAGUUUGCUGUGAAGAUCAUGGAGGUGACGACCGAGCGACUGAGUCCUGAGCAGCUGGAGGAGGUGCGGGAAGCCACGCGGCGAGAGACGCAAAUCCUUCGCCAGGUCGCUGGCCACCCCCACAUCAUCACACUCAUCGAUUCCUACGAGUCUUCCAGCUUCAUGUUCCUGGUGUUUGACCUGAUGCGGAAGGGAGAGCUGUUUGACUAUCUCACAGAGAAGGUGGCCCUCUCCGAAAAGGAAACCAGGUCCAUCAUGAGGUCUCUGCUGGAAGCAGUGAGCUUUCUCCAUGCCAACAACAUUGUGCACCGAGACCUGAAGCCCGAGAAUAUUCUCCUAGAUGACAAUAUGCAGAUCCGACUCUCAGAUUUUGGGUUCUCCUGCCACUUGGAACCUGGCGAGAAGCUCCGAGAGCUGUGUGGGACCCCAGGGUAUCUAGCACCAGAGAUCCUUAAAUGUUCCAUGGAUGAAACCCACCCGGGCUACGGCAAGGAGGUCGACCUCUGGGCCUGUGGGGUGAUCCUGUUCACACUCCUGGCCGGCUCGCCACCCUUCUGGCACCGGCGUCAGAUCCUGAUGUUACGCAUGGUCAUGGAGGGCCGCUACCAGUUUAAUUCCCCUGAGUGGGACGACCGGUCCAACACCGUCAAGGACCUGAUCUCGAGGCUGCUGCAUGUGGAUCCUCUGGGGCGCCUGACUGCCGAGCAAGCCCUGCGGCACCCCUUCUUCGAGCGCUGUGAAGGCAGUCAGCCUUGGAGCCUCACCCCCCGUCAGCGCUUCCGGGUGGCAGUGUGGACAGUGCUGGCUGCUGGGCGCGUGGCCCUAAGCUCCCACCGAGUUCGGCCGCUGACCAGGAGUGCGCUGGUGAGGGACCCUUAUGCGCUGCGGCCAGUACGGCGUCUCAUCGACAGUUGUGCCUUCCGCCUCUACGGGCACUGGGUGAAGAAGGGCGAGCAGCAGAAUCGGGCGGCCCUCUUCCAGCACCAGCCCCCUGGGCCGCUCCCUUCCAUGGGCCCAGAAGAGGAGGGGGACUCAGCCGCUGUCACGGAGGAUGAGGCCAUGCUGGCGCUGGGCUAGCACCCCAGUCCUGGGGAAUCACGGAAGUAGGACUCUCUAGGAGCAGGAUUUCUAUCAUUCCAACCAUUCUGGGCUCUGUCCAGGCCCGCCGCUUAUCACAUUAUCAUAAUGACCAACCCGGUAGCCCCACGCCCACUGGCCAAUGCUUUGAGAUCAGAGCUGAGGUGGAAGGGAGCUGCUCAGAAGGCCACGCCUGGUUGUCUUAGUGCUGCGUAUGCAAUAAAAGCUGUUACAUGCCCAGGA